UCUAGUUAUCGAAGAAAUCCUCUGGCUGCUCCAUUUACCGUUGCGUCGCCUCGGAGUUGAUUCAUCGGAAGGGAGGAAGCAAGAAGCAAGAAAAGGAGGAGGAGGAGGAUGGGUGGUGGCGGAAGGGAGUCCAAUAGCAUAUCUCUGGAUGGGGUGAGGGACAAGAACGUGAUGCAGCUCAAGAAGCUCAACACCGCGCUCUUCCCCGUGCGUUACAACGAUAAGUACUACGCCGACGCUCUUUCCUCCGGUGAAUUCUCUAAGCUCGCGUACUACAGUGACAUAUGUGUUGGUGCAAUAGCAUGCCGACUUGAAAAGAAGGAUGGAGCAAUUCGUGUUUACAUUAUGACUUUGGGUGUUUUGGCUCCAUAUCGUGGGUUAGGAAUUGGGGCUGAACAACUCCCGCAUUGUAAAUUUUCUGGUUUCGCAUCUGGUUAUAAUAAAGGUACAAGAUUAUUGAAGCAUGUGUUGGAGCUGUGUGCUAAUGAGCAGAACAUUGCUGAGAUCUACUUGCAUGUGCAAACAAACAAUGAUGAAGCUAUUGGGUUCUAUAAGAAAUUUGGUUUUGAAAUUACAGAUACCAUCAUGAAUUACUACACCAACAUCACUCCUCCCGAUUGCUAUGUUCUCACAAAGUUUGUUACUCAUGCCUCACCAAAGAAAUGAUGAUUGAACUACUCCCAUUCAGACUCUACAUUACUAAAGAAUGUCUGACAAUACAUACUUUAUUUUAUGUUUUUUGAGGUUGUAUUCUUCGUAGUUUUUUUUUUUUGGGAGUCCCAGGCCCAAGUUUUGUGUGUAGUGGUUACAAGUUUCCAGCAGUUCUUUCUGUAUUUCAGGUGACACAUGAAACCUGUUUUUGGCAUACUCGAACUCAGCGACAUCUAAGAACAACAAAAUUGUUUUUAGGUUAA